CCUUGUGGAAAAAAAAAUCAUAUCGCAGUCAGCGUCGCGACGCCACCGCUGCCAGUUAACUUCGCUGUUAACGUGGCUAUAAUUGCAAGCCUCUUGCAAGAAAGCAACCUUAAUUGUUGUAAACAAGCGCCCGGGCUCGGUUCAUUUAGUAAUACAAAAAUACAAAAAAAAAAAUUAACUGAAACAUUUACAAAAGUGUUCCGCGAGUUGUUUAAUCAUUCAUUUGUUAUUAUUGUUGAUAAAGGUCGUGAUAUUUGUUUGGCAACAAAGUGAAAAACUAAAAAAGUAUAACCAAAUUGGCGCCAAAUAUUUAAAGACAAAUUAACAAACAAAUAAAUCUGUGAAAAUAAGUGACAAGUAACCUUUGUCCUGAAAAGUUAUUAAGUGAAAAAUAGACAGCCGAAGGAGAUACUUGUGCAUACGUUUAUUGCUCAGAUAAAUUCCCCCCUGUGUGGUAAAAACUCAUAAAAAAAAUAUAUUUUUAAAAAAAGAGUGUUUUUUUUAAUCAAUAUUUGAACAACAAAUCAGCAAUGCGAGCAAGCUGUAUCUGCGAGAUACACUUUUCUACAAAAACCCGAACGAGCUGCCAGAAGAUGCGUAAGCCGAAUUAACACCGAUGCGUUAACACAAUUAGUUGAAAAGUGAAAAACGACAUAAAGUAGGGGCUGGAGAUUAAAUAUAAAAAUAAUAUUGAAUCUAUAUGCCAGGGCGGGUGUGCCGACAAAAAGCGAUCCAACAAAUUGGCAACUUUACACUCGCUGGGGGCUUUCAGUCGCGAAAUGAAGCUCCAGCAUCGCGGCUGAGUCGAAGAAAAACAGACAUAUGUCUCGCAGCUGAAUCUUAGCAAAGUGAUAAAAUAAAAAAUAAAUAAAUAAUUUAAAAAUUAAAUACAACGAAAGAAAAUAUUGAAAUAUUCUAAGCAAUGGCCGAAAUACUAAAGGCAUUGAAUAUAACGGGCAACCUGCUGGCAGGCCUCGAAGACAGCAGCCAUGAAUCGGGGUUAAAUCACACAACUGCCCCUGCCACCGAUGCUGGCGGCCUUAAUGCCACUGCCACCUUGAAUGCCACCACCAGUAGCAGUGGCGAAAAACUCGAUUUGGGCGGUUUCGAUCUGCCGGGGAACUACUCCAUACUCAUUAACAAACUGGAGCAGCUGGCCUUGGGCCUGGAUUCGGCGCUCGGCAAUUUCACCAUCGACCGGCAGGAGGUGGAGAUCAAUCUGAGUGGCGCCGCCUCGGCCAACGAUGUGGCAGAUGUGGCGGAUGAUCUCUUCAACGAUGUCCUCCCAGCAGCUAGAUCCCCGACACCCCAUAUAGCCCAUGGUUCCAGGAUAUACACGGGCGACGAUGAAAAGGACUUUGCCCAUGUGGUUAGCGAUAUUUGGAUAGGCGUCAUCCUGACCCUCCUCAUUGUCUUUGUGAUAUUCUUCAUUUGUGCUUGCUUUGUCUACCACAAGUUCCAGCAGUGGAAGAAUUCAUAUCGUGCCAAUCACAGUGAUGCCACAAUUGAAAUCUGUCGCCGUUGCCCGCCAGACUAUGAGGCAGAGUCCCUACCCUCGUACACCAUAGUUUCUGGGCUGCCCACCUACGACGAUGCCCUGGAGGAGUUCCGUAAGGCGGGCAUCAUCCUCACCCCGGCCGUAGUCCCAAUUAUCAAGAUAUUCGAGUGCAACGAUAACGGUGGCAAGGAGCCUGCCGUGGGCUAUAGUUUGGUGGAGACAAACGUGCCUGGUCUAGAUGGAGGGGCAGCGGAUACCGUCUCCAUAGCCUCGACCACCUGCAAUUGCGGCAACUCCUCGCCCACGUCCUCGCUGCCAAGUUAUAGUGCCGCCACAGCGGCUGCCAUGGCGGUGGCUGCAGCUGCUCCGCCCCAGGUGAUCGAACUGUCCCCGGAACACCUCGCCUCCUUGUCGCAGAAGCGUCUCUCUCUCCAGAUCUCAUUCAACAACUCGGUGCGCCGCCAAUCCCCAUCCGGAGCAGCUCUCCGGAAUCACCUACUUCGAUCGCGAGCCGUGGGGAACACUGCCGGAAUGGGUCCGCUGGAGGCUGGUUCCGGUACAAUUGCGGUGGCUGCUGUUCACGGGUCAGGGGGUGCUGGUGCCCAGAUCCUGCCCGCCCUGCACCGCUCCUCGUCCACGCUCUCACUGUCCAAUGAGCGCCAGUUGCUGGAUCAACGUCUCAGGCACCUGCAUCACCGUGGCUCCCUUUACUGAGAGCAGACCGUGAGGUUCCCAACUGCCUGGUUAUUCCUUCCUAAAUCGUAUUCCUUACAUAAUCCCAAGAGUUGUUAGUUUUAAGCCUCAAACAAUAAACAUUUGUUAUUUUUUAAAGUUA